AUGUCCUCCUUUUUCACCGUUCCUGCUUCACAGAAGAAGCGUAAGCGAGCGGACGAGCGUGUGAGCAAACCCUCUAAACGCAGAGAUGUAGAAAAGCCGAAGCGGGCAAGCGAGCCGGAACGGAAAGCACCUCGAGCCAGAGAUGAGCAGCGAGAUGAAUCGAUCUCGGGCAGCGAUACCGAUGAGGAGAUUAUCGACGACGAGGGAAGCUUGGACGAAAGCGAAGCCAGCUCGGAAGAAGACGAGACUGCCGCCGAGCGCAGAGUACGACUUGCACAACGAUAUCUGAACAAUAUACGAGAGGAGGUACAGGAGGUUGGAUUUGACGCAAAAGACCUUGAUGAUGAUCUCAUUGCAUCGCGACUUCGACAAGAUGUGGACGAAGCAAAGGGUCGCCAGUUCCGCCUUAUUGCGUCUAAGCUGGACUUCAAGAACGCGUCCCAUUGCGCAUUUCGAGCCGAUACUCAGUCGACGACUGCUGUAGCGGUCUGUCAACCAUAUGCGUAUACUGUGAGCAAGGAUAAGACACUGAUCAAGUGGCGACUACGUGCGCCGCAGGAGUGGGGUGACAAGAAUGGCAGGCCCAGUACCAAGCCACAUUUUGGGAAGCGGAGGCCAGAGCAAAUGGCUUACGUGAAAGGUGUCAAGAUCAGAGCGCAAGAGAAAGGACAGCACGGGCAUAAAGGUCCCAUUGUCAGUGUGGCGGCGUCGCCAGACGGGCAAUUCGUUGUUACGGGUGGACAGGACCGAAUGUUGAUUGUGUGGGCUGCGGAAGAUUUAAGGCCGCUAAAGACUUUCACGACUCAUCGAGACUCGGUCCUGGGUGUGGCGUUUGCGCCAGGGCACUCGCAGACGAGUUUGGGCCAACAGCUGUUCUCGGCGAGUGCGGAUCGAAGCAUCAAGACGUACAGUCUGGCGGGAGAAGAAUCGCUUGCAUACGUCGAGACACUGUUCGGCCACCAGGAUCACGUGCCGGCGGUAUCGGCUCUGGCAGUUGAUCAGUGCGUUUCGGUAGGCGCGCGAGAUCGAAGUGCUCGAUUAUGGCAAGUCGUGGACGAAACGCAACUAAAGUUUCUGGGCGACAGUUCGAGCAAAGAGGCGUAUCAUACGGGGAGUCUUGACUGUGUGGCGGCAUUACCACCGCACCAUUUCGUUACGGGUUCCGAUGCGGGUGCCAUCAGUCUUUGGAGUCAGCACAAGAAGAAAAGCCUGUUCACGAUACAGACAGCGCACGGAGUCGUUGAGCCGCAGCCUUUUGAGCAAGUGACUAGCGAGGCGGAUCUGAAGGUCAUUGAAGAGCAAAAGAAGCACGAUACCAGACGGCCGAUUCCAAGGCCAGUAACGGCCUUGGUGGCACUUCCCGGCACAGACGUCAUCUUGAGCGGCAGCUGGGAUGGCUGGAUCAGGAUCUGGAAACUGAGUGACGAUAAGCGGUCACUAAUGCCUCUAGGCGUCCUCGGUAAUGAAGGGAGAGCCGCGUGUGGAGUGGACGGGGUGGAGGAAGGGAGUGGUCCGGCACUCACAAACGGAGAUGGCGGCUCAUUCCACACGGCUGACGGCUCUGAGAGCGAGCCUAGUGGACCGAUACGAGGUGUCAUAAACGGUCUCGCCGUCUUCGAGCGGAGAAAGGAGCUCAAGGACGCCUUUGGCGUAACCAGAGAAGGCGAAACCCUCGGCCUAUGCGUGGUGGCUGGCAUAGGGAAGGAAUCACGCCUUGGGCGUCAACUAACGCUGAACAAGGGCCGGAACGGUGCGAUGGUGUUUGAAGUGUCCAUGGAUUCAGCCGUGAGUGUCAGUUGA